CCAUUUCCGGGUCAAUACCGGAGGACCGAGGAGUCGAGGAGGGGAAUUUAGAGAAUUGAGAAGCCUUCAUUGUUUCAUGCAAAGCUACAAUUACCGUAUUUGCACGAAUAUAGCGUGGUGUAUUGUUCACAACAGGACAUUUGAAUGAGCAGGGGUUAGGCGUGUGGUCCAUAUGUGAGGACGACUAGAAAGUAAAUGCCAAUACGCAUUUACAACAGCAGACUACUCUUCAACGAAAACAUUUUCAAAAUUAGUGGAGCAAAGUACUUUCACUGACACGUUCCUACAAUGUCUGCAAGCGUAGAAGAAGAGGAAAAGCCACCACAAAACAAGCAUGAAGAGCGGCUUUCCAGAGUGUUUGACGAAGUGAUGGGGCUUGGACACUUUGCUGACUCCUCCAGGGGCUCUGCCACCUCCUCCAGGAGUGAAGGUCAGGACGAGACAAAAGAAGUCGACACAACUUCAGCACAAGUGGAACAGCAACCGGUUGAAGAGGAGGAUAGCAACGGCAGCAGACAAGAAGAAAAGAUGGAAGAGGGGGCGGAAGAGUCUUCCUUACCGUGCAUUACCUCCCCUUCCGCCGUCCCAGGCUCAUCGUUUACAAUGGGAACCAAAGAAGUCGGCGGAGGAAGUGGAGGGGCAGCGUUUGAUGAUGCACAGGAUGGACUCCCUGCGUUUGGGCCAGGAGAAGAAGAAGAAGACUGGCACUUUGCCCUGCCGUCGGACAGCCUGGGAGAUGUUAAUGUGGUAAAGGAUAAAAAAAAAAUGGCACCAGAAGUGGAGAUCAAUGCCACACAACGCAAACCCUUCCCUCCUCAGCCCAGAGAGGUGGAGGACGUAAGCACAGAGUCUGCUAACACCUCCCACUCCUCCCAGGACCACACACCUGAAAACAGCCACGGCCGAGGCAUCCAGGACCAGGCGGAGGAGACAGAAGAUAGCCAGGAGGGAGAGAGGACAGAGGCAGCUCCGAUGAAGGACAGUAGUCCCCCUCCUAUCAAUAUUAAAGAUGAACCCAUCGAUGAGGGCUACGACGCUGCGCUGCUGCCUCAGAGCUCCAUCAGACAGAUCAAAGAGGAGCUGGAGCAUCAGGAGGAAGAGCUGAGGAUCAGCUCCGUCUACUCUGUAGGUGGAGGAAACACCUUUGCGUCGCCUACCGUGCCGUUAGCAAUCCCAGCCCCCCCUCAGACGGCCUAUUUUAUCCAAGGUAGAGGGACCCUGCUACAAGCCAUGGCCCAGAUCCCGCUCAGACCCCCUGCUUCAGUCCCAACCUCCCUCCCAUCCCUAAUUUCUGUCCCCCCACGCCAACCUCCGCCCUCUGUUCCCGGCAGCGUUCGCUGCAGCGGCUGCUCUAAGGUUCUGCUGAAAGGUCAAACAGCGUUUCAGAGGAAAGGCUCCACGCAGCUCUUCUGCUCCACAGUGUGUCUGACGGGCCAUCUGCCUCCAGCCAACAAGAACCGACUGUGCUUCCAGUGCAACAGGGAGAUCCUUCAGCCCAGGGACAUGGUCACGAUCCCCGGAGACAACAACACCCUCCUCAACUUCUGUGGCCAGUUCUGUCUGGCUGUCUUUAAAAACAAGAAGAAACAAGUCGAUAAGGUUCCUGAAAAACAACUGGAGAAGAAACCUGAGAGGCCACCUGAGAAACCAGCGCAGCCCCCCUCUGAUAUACCCUUCUGUGCUGUCUGCAAGAUAAUCAACAAGAUUGAGCAUGAGGUCACCCAUCAUGGUACUCUGUACAGACUCUGUAGUGACAGUUGUUUUGUAACCUGGCGCAAGUCGCGCAAGUUAGCCAUGAACUGCUGCGAAGGCUGUGGACUUUACUGUAGCAGCAGCUCGGGCUCCUGUCAGACGCUCACUGUUGACAGAUCACAGCUCAACUUCUGCGGCCCUACCUGUAUCGGCACCUACAAACAGACCUGCAAAAAGACGGUGGAGUGUGUCUACUGUCACAAAAUCGCGAUGGUGUCCUCCACCAUCAUGGAAAGAGACCAAAAGGGCAAAGUCCAGCUUUACUGUUCGUCUCCAUGUGUUGAGCUGAGUCGACCCCCCCAACACAUUCUCACUGGUGCUGCGUUCCCCUGCUGCGAGUGUAACGUGUCGGCUGUUCCUCAGUAUCACCUGGCCAUGGUGGACGGAACCAUCCGCAACUUCUGCUCCUACGACUGCGUUUCUAUCUAUAGGAAGUCCGGUAACACCUCUCAGCCAGACCUGACCAAUGGAACCCCCGCUCUCAGGGACCCCAAAGCAGGACCCUCUGCCGGGGCCAGCUCAGUCCCUCCCCUCCCUCAGGACCACCCGUCUUCGGUAGCCUUCCCGGGCCACCAUCCCAGUCAUACCUCAGUGCCCCCGCUCGAGCCUCCCUCCCAGGCCCCCGCCAAAACGCCUGCUGUUCAGCCUAUGAAACCAACAGAAGGGGGGCCCAAGGACAUAUCCAAGCUGACCUGCCAUCAGUGCAGCAAAGAGUUCAGCACAAAGCCGCUGCUGUUCAGUCACCAGGCCAGUAUUUCUAUGUUCUGCAGUGAGAUGUGCUGUGACCAAUAUAUAAGCCAGAAGAAUGUCCUGAUGCCGUGCGAGAUCUGCAAACGUGAGAAGCGGCUCCAUGACACCAUCUGCUACAACCAACAGGACCUGUUUUUCUGCAGUGUCGACUGUAAAUCCGUGUUCAAACAUGAGCGGAUGGCUCUAUGCAAGGAUUCCUGCAGCUACUGCUCCGGCUUCAGCACCAAGAUGCUGCACAGCCACUAUGGAGGCCGGAUGGAGGAGUUCUGCAGACCCCACUGCAUGUCCCAGUACACUGUGCUCUACUAUGGGAUGGGUCGCUGUGACAGCUGCAGGAAACAGGGCUCCAUGACGGAGAAGCUGCAAUGUUUGGGUUCAGUCCGUAACUUCUGCAACCUGCCCUGCCUGCUGCAGUACUGCCAGCUGCACUUUGAGACCAGCCACAGCAGCAGCAACGGAACAGGAACUGCCCCACAAACUCCAUACGCUCCAACACAGCCCCACAAUUCCUCAAAGAUGAAUCCUGUCAUCGCGGAUGUGGUUUCUCUGGCCAACGGCUCUGCCACUCAGCCCAGUGUUUCAGCAGACACUGCUCUAACUGGAACACUUCCAACCACCAACAUUGACGCCAAGAAUCUAGACCACGCCAGCACUCAGACUGACGCCAUGCAAGGGCCUUCGUCCCGUCGCCGUCAAAUGAAGAACAAGUCAGUUCUGUGUCGGCCCUUCACUAUGGACCAGGAGAGCAUGUGCCAGCUGCUCUCCCCCUCUGCUGAGUCAGCAGGUGUGCUACCCCCCUCAAUGAGUGUCUCAGUAGGGGGGGAGAAUGUGAGGGUGUUACUGGUGCCAGUCCCAGUCCCAGUGCCCGUCUUCAUCCCAGUGCCCAUGAGCAUGUACUCCCAGUACACACCUUUUCCAAUGGCGAUGCCUGUGCCCGUUCCAGUACCUAUAGUAGUACCACCACAGAAGAAGGAGACGAGAGAUGCUGCAGUGCAGUCAGAGCCUCAGGCUGUGACGGAAGAAAAACAGAGAGAUGUUUCCACUGCAGACCAGAGAAGUCCUCAUAGUGGGGACAUGGAGUCAGAGGUGGUCGCCCCCAUGAUCCGUGAAGUUGAAGAGACUGAAAAAACAGUACAGGCCGACCUGCCGCUAACUGUGAGUUCAGAGAGAAGCACGGAGUCAUCUGAUCCCCAACUAAGCACCCAGCCAGUGGUUACUACGACAACCAGCGAGCCUCCUACCACCAGUGCUGAGCUUCAACCUCCCUCCUCUCCAUUGAUGGACCUGGAGACUGAUGUCCCAACUGAGUCGUUGGAUCAGAAGCCAGCUGCUCCACAGAGAGGAGUGAAGCGAUCUAGAGACCCUUACAGCAGCCGGAAACGGAGUCGAAGGCGUACUGGCUCCUUGAACCACAGUGCAGUGCGGACUCCCCCCGCCUCCAAACUGAACCACGUGUACGGGGUUAAAGCCUGGAGAAGCUGGGUCCAACAACAGAACCAACAGCCCACAAGAUCCAACAUGGUGGAUGUUAAAGAGGACGUGCUUCAGUGUGACUCUGCUGAGCUCAGCUUCGCUCUGUCUCACUUCAUCACUGAUGUGAGACGGCCCAAUGGAGAGACCUACAGCCCAGACAGCAUCUUCUACCUCUGCCUGGGGAUACAGCAGUAUCUGUUCUCAAAGGGCCGCAUAGAGAACAUCUUCACUGACGAGCUCUACAGUCAGUUUACCACCAAGAUCAGCGGGAUGCUGCAACUCUGGAAACCUAAACUACUAGUACCGAGUGGUGCUGCAGUCUCCUCCCGGGUGGUGGAGUCCUACCUGUGGGAGUGUAAGCAGCUGGGCGCCUACUCCCCCAUCGUGCUGCUCAACACGCUGCUCUUCUUCUGCACCAAGAACUUCGGCUUCACCACUCUGGAGCAGCACCAGAGCGUCUCCUUCACCAACUUCACCCGACUCUCCAAACCCUGCAACAAAGCCGGAAAAGUCCUCUACCUCCGAUACCAGCGGAGCAGCAAGGACCCCCGCCACACAGAACGAUAUAGAAAAAGGCAGGGAGAGGAAGAGAUGCUGGAGAUGCUUGAAAAUGUCGCCAACCCUCUACACUGUCCUGUCAGGCUUUACGAGUUCUACCUCUCCAGAUGCCCGGAGUCGGUGCAGACGAGAAGCGACGUGUUUUUCCUGCAGCCGGAGGAGGUUGUGCACACUCACAGUUCCCUGUGGUACAGCUGUCAGCCACUGGAGGGCGCCACUCUGCAGAGCAUGCUGUCUCGCAUCUUAGCCGUCAGAGAGGUGCACCAGGGGCACGGAGCAGCCUCGGCCCCCGCUGAUGACGACGUUUUGCCGUGAGGGGGGGCUCUGCCUGUGAUAUUCUCCACUGACGUACAGGUUAAAGGGAAUCACUGGUGACCCAGCCCCCUUUAUUCAGACAAAGACUGACAGGUGUUUGAACUGGGCACACAGAAGAGAAAGACAAUUAAGACACAUUUGAAGAACAUUUCAUACGGGAUCAUUGUGUUUACUUUCCUCAGUUUUCAUUCCCUCCCCACAUAUAUGAGUUUACAUACUUUGUCAUAAGUCUGACAAAGGGAUACAUUGUUAACACUGUCUCCUUCUUUCAUUGUGUCACAGUGAUAAUUAAGGCCAUCAUUAGUACAUAUGGCAGUUCAUUUUACAGUUAAGGUCCAUGCUGAGCCUGUCAGAUCAGCAAUAGAGUAGUGCAGGGAUGACGUAUUUUUGUAGGCCGACCCGGAAAUAAACUGCACAUGGGUUCCCUCGACAAAAAAGCAAUGGGAUCUCUCCAUAGGAUAGCUAUUUUCCAAAAUCCUAUGGAGAAAUCCCAUUGACUCUGAGACGAGGGAACCGGAAGUGGCAAAAUGCUAACUCACUUCCGGGUUUUAGGACUCGUCACUGCACCACUCUAUACUAGACUGUGCGAGCAACAAACAGACAAGAGUGUAUACGCUGAAUCAUCUCUUUAUUACAGAGUUUAAAAUUGAUACUUUAUCGUUAUUGCCCCUACUUGCAUUAUAGUCUAGUUGCCAGCAUAGUGAAACCCGUAAAUGUAGUACCCUAGGUUUUAUGAUAGAAAUGUAAAGUACGGGUCCCCAGCACAUAGAAACAGCCGGAUGCUAACUUGCAUAUGUUGGGAACACAGUAAGCAUAAGUUUCUUUAAUUUAGAUAUAUGGCAUUAUAGCCUAUGUAAACAAUAGUUAUAAAAUGGCAGUUUUAACCAGAAAGUGACCAUAUUUGUACUCCCAGUUUCUAUGUGCUGGGGACCCCUACUAAACAUUUCUAACGUAACACUUUGGGGUACCUAACAUUUCCGGGUUCACAACAGGACUAGCUGGCGACUAAAACAUCAUAGAAAGAAGAAAAAUGACAGAUCUUGGUACUGGUAUUUAAGGAUUGCAUUUAAAGAGGCCCUAUUCUGCUUUUGUGGGUUCCCCUUCCCGUAGUGUGUUAUGUAGGUUUGUAUGGUAUGUAAUGGUCUGCAAAGGCUAAAAUCCCUGUGUUCCCAGAGGGAGUUUCUCUCCCACACACCCCCUCCUCCCCUCCUGGCUGAAACACCUCCAUUGGACUUUACUUCCGUAACAUAAUGACACCAAUAUGUAACAUUCACGCUUCUAUUGGCUAACGCUCCAACACAUAAUGCGUGAUAAGGGGGGUCUCUAAGUUGUUAUCCAAUCACAACAGAGCCCUCCAGCUAACCAAUCAGAGCAGACAGAGCAUGAAAAGAGUUGGCAGAAUGAGAAAAAUAAAGAUAUUUUUUAACAUUAAAGCAUGGAAACAGUAGAGGCACAAUAUACAAAUAUGAACCUAAAACCUGCAGAAUAUGUCCUCUUUAAAUGUCUAAUUUAAUAUGUUAGUAAUCUGUAUAUCGGUGUCACCCUCCUUGUAAUAAGAGAGGAUACUCAUAGUGCCUCUCAUAUUUGUACUAUUUUAUUAUUAUCUACUUAUGUGAUAUUACUUUUUUUUUAUUUGUCAUCCCGUGUGGCCUUAUUUCCUCUUUUUUUCCUCAAUUAUUUCCUCUGGAGAUAAAGUAAAAAGUGGCUCAUGACCCACAUCCACUUUAUUUCAGUGAAUUUAAUCAAAAUAGUCCAUGUAGGUAUUUACAGACCACCUUGAUUGAUUUGGGAUAUUUCCAAAUACAAUUAUUAUAAUGAUAACUACAAUGGGACCUAUACUCUACUCCCCCAAUAUUAUUUUCUCCUCUUUUUUUUGUUCUUCCAUUCCAUUUGUUCCAUAAUUUGAAAAAUAAAUAAAUUGGAUGAGCGGCAGACAAGUUAUUUUUCUAUCCCGCUGUAUUAUAACAAAUUGUGUUAAUGGUUUAUGGUAUUGUAUGGCUUGUGUUGGCCAUACUUACAAUCAAAACAAUAUGACAAUUUGCCAAGAGCGGUCCUUUUGUUUUUAUUCAUCUAUCCAUCUGAAAUGGAUGUCUGCUGCAGAUAACAGCUGCAAUAGAACUCUUAUUUUGAAAAGAUUCUGAUCUUUGUUUUUUUAAAUGGCAUAUAUAGAUGGAAACAUGGACAAAAUGUUCCCAAACCUGUCUUGUACUGAACAUGAACACCUUUACAUCUUGUAAUGUCCAUUUGAUAUCAUAGACUUUUGGAUCAUAAUUUGGAUAAUCACUAAUUUCCAAAAUAGUUUUAACCUUUUUUUAAAUUUUCCUUUCAUGAGUGGUUCAGAAUUCUAGAUUUUUAAUACAAAAUAGUUAAUUUGUCCUUUUUUUUAAUGGUCAUAAUGACUCGACUACCCACAAUGCUAUGUGGUAACACCAUGUUUCUUGUAAUGCUUUUUUGCCUCAACAUUUGACUCAUGUUUGAUAACAAAGCUUUGUAUUACAUUGCCGCGGGGACUGAUUAUAAGAUUCCAAUCUAAGAGUUCUGUAAAUGAUAUUUCUUAAACCACACACUGCUGAAUAUCACUGCUGCCGUCUGAAGCUCCGCGGGUCAGAUUCUAUCGUCAUGCACAAAAUGCUGUAUUUCCAUAAAGUGUUAAAAAAU